UUUUAAUAAUGCAGUUUGAUCUUUAGAGUCACAUAAGAGGAUCAUAAGAACUCUUUUCUAAAAAGUAAAUAAGACUGACAACUACCUAACUCAACAUCUUCCCCACACAUUUAUGAAUACAAUAUCUUAAAAGUUAGGUUUCAUUGCCUCUUGCAUAGAACAUUUUAAUCCAAAAAAGUAUUUCACAUAAUACAAGUACAUACUGCAUUUCAACACAUGAAAUUCAAAUGCUGUUUUACAGAGCUUAAGACACACAGUUAACAUGAACUGUGACUGCUUGUUUCUGCAAAGAGGCUGAAAUUUUGAGAAAAGUCAGCCAACUCCUCUCUGGGGAAUGAAUAGUUCCAGAGUGUGACAUUACUGAAAGUCAACACUGAUUGGACAGGCGACCUCUGAUGUAGGGGCUCAGCCCAUUCUGUCCUGGCUGAGAGAAAUGUUUUGGGAUUUUUUAGCCUUAAGCUCCGUCAAACACCCACAUUCACAUGUAGAUACAACAUUCCCUUGGUUCUGUUGUUUUGGUUAAAAUGAAUUAUUCACUGGUGAUUUUGUUCUGUGUGGGUCUACUGCACCAGACCACGAAUGCUGUCCUCAUGGAUAAACUAGGAGACAACAAGAUUUGUGGAGACGCAGAAUGCUCAUAUGUUCUCUCAAUGGCCAGAGCCUUGGAUGACUUUGUAGCUCCUGACUGCAGAUUCAUCAACAUGAAGAAGGGUCAGAUGGUUUAUGUGUACUCUAAACUUGUACCAGAGGAGGGCGCCGGAGUCUUCUGGUCUGGAAGUGUUUAUGGUGAGCGGUAUGUGGAUCAGAUGGGCAUCAUUGGAUACUUCCCUGCAACUAUGGUGAAGGAGAUGCAGAAGUUUAAGGAAGACACAGUGGAGAUUCCCACAACUGAAAUGGACUUCUAUUGUGAUUAAGGCACAAAAGGUUGAAGCUUCUUUUUCUCAAGUCUUGUGCUUGUUGUAGUUAUUCAGGCUAUUAUAAAGGAAAGUACAGAGUUCUUCCCUCGAGCAGGUGUGUCAGAUCAUGUGCCAUUACAUCAAGUGGUGUUGUUUCCGGCUGAAAGGAAAACCUGGACGUUCUCAGCUGUCCAUAGCCCAGAGUCUGACACCCCUGCUGUUGAGUCAGCAAGUCUUAUCUGUCUUGCUCUGUCUUACAUUCAGUAACAGACUAUUUGCUCAAUAAAGCUCUUUCAUGUCAA